AUGGAACACCAGAGAUGCUAUGUUUACCGGCCGCCAGAGAUUGAAGAGCGAGCAACCAAGCGUCAACGCACAAAAAAUGCCCAAUUCCAGCCCCAGCUGCAAGAGCGACUCCAGAUCUAUCGAGAGCUAUGGGACCAGCAAGAGCUACGUAUCCAGAACACGUUAGAAGAGGCAGACAGUGCUACACAGCAGGAUAUCGUUGACUUUGUUUCGGCGUCAGGGUCGUUACCAGAUGAGCCCAAGUCCGCCAUACCAACAGGUCUUGUCGUCGCAGGACCAAGCAUCGCAUCCCAUGGACCCUAUUUCGAACGAUUGGGAAGAAAGAUUAGAUCAGAUACGGACAGCGCCUACAUUCUGCUAACAUCCGGCGAAUGUCCUAACCUGAAAACAUUGCUUAAGAAUCUUAUCAAGAAGGCAACGUCGCGAGUUGUGGACGACGACGAGGACGAGCUUGACCAGCCAAGCAAGCCUUCGAGGCAUGGGCCGAAGUUGCUAAACUACGACCUUGGGCAUAUUCAGGAGUGGCGAAGGAAGAAUCAAGUCUCAAGCAUCGUCGUCACUAUUCAGGAUAGCGAGGCGUUUGAUGCAGGGUUGCUUGUCGAUCUCGUCGAUCUACUACACUCAUGGUUAGACCGUCUGCCGUUUGUGCUGCUUGUUGGCAUUGCUACGUCUGCGGACAGCUUUGAAGAUCGCUUAUCUGGGCAGUCUCUUCGAUUUCUCGAAGGGCAAAGAUUUGACGUCACACAAUCCGACGAUAUUAUCGAGAAGCUGUUCAGCGCAACUGUUGGCAGCCUCGAUAAUCGCUUGUUCAUCGGUCCGCAGCUGUGCCGUCGCAUGCUAGACCGACAAAGAGAUCAUGUGCAGAACGUGCAGGACUUUUGCGAUGGUCUUAGAUAUGCUUACAUGUCACACUUCUACGCCAGCUAUGCUAGCAUCUUCCUGGCCAAUAGUCUAAAGUUCCAGCAACUCCAGACGGAUGCCAUGGAAGCAGUGCGCAACUUGCCAUCGUUCCGCCGGCAUGUAGAGACCAGACUCGAACAGGGGAGCUUCGGCCCACAGACAGUUCGCAGGUUACUUGAAUCGGAUCACGAAUUGUUCGAGGAUGUCAAACAUUACACCACAUUAGCCCAACAAGAACUGUCUGACUUGAACCACGCAGCACAGAUACUGUUCAGCAUUCGAGAGGCCCUUCAGAUGACACCGAAAAUCCGGGCUUCUAGUAUAUGGAUACGUGCAGCAUCUUCAGACCUGCUGGAGUCACCACUUCUCCGCGAAACUCUGUUGGUCCUCAAGAAGACUCCGUCUGACAAGUUUGCGAGCGUGCUAUCAGCGUUGGAACAACUAUCGGGUCUGAAGAAGAUACCGAUCAAGAAAACGCACAACGGCAACGUGGAGGUCAUGGAAGUGAACAGUAUUCGAGAAGAAUUCGACAAUCUCCUCGGACAACAGGAAACGUCCACUCCCCUCCGCACACAACACGACGUUCGCAGCGACAGCCUCCGAACGACCGUAGUUGCGCAGAAAGUGCUUCUCAGCAAGCACAAAGCGGCCCUUUCAAAGCAGGACCAGGCCUAUUCAGACUUGGUCACCCGCCUGCACGACGAGCUGGGGUCAUUCUUCGAAACGGCUCUCAUCGACCCGCAAACGCUGCUCUUUUCCGAGAUCUUCACCUACGACCUCAAAUCGCCCCACCUCGAAGUCUUCCAGCCUAAGCCACGGUUUGCCAUUGAGCGUGCCAUGGCUUGCCCCCAUGAUUACCUGGGCUGUGAUUGCUGCGGUGCAGCUGACGGGAAGGAGUCACUCCUUUCUGCCGCGCAACCGGCGACCGCAAUCGUGUAUCAGCUAUACCUCGAGUCGGGAGCUCUCAUCAACGUGAGCGAUCUGUGGUCAGCUUUCAAGGCGAUCGCCGGGGAAGACGAUGAUGACGACGACGACGACUCGAAGACAAUGGCACCGUUCCAAAGAGCUCUUGCGGAGCUCAAAUACCUGGGCUUGCUCAGGCCAACUAAGAAGAAGACCGACCAUGUUGCAAAGGUCAUGUGGAAAGGUCUGUAG